AUGGCCGAACAAGGUCAAGAACGUUUUCAAGAUGCGAACAUCAGUGUUGAGGUAGAGCCUUACAAGCUCUCUGAAAUAUUUUCGAUUGUACCCGAGUUUGAGGGUGAUCAAAUUUUUUUAAGCAAUUUUAUUAUUGCGUGCGAUUGCGCAUACGAUAUGGCAAACGCACAACAAAAAGUAUUUUUAGUCAUUCAUAUUAAAAAUAAACUUAGAGGUAGGGCAGCGCAAUUAAUUAGUUCGCGUAACCCCAUGUCAUAUAUUGAAAUUAAACAACUCUUGAAUUUACAUUUUGGUGACUCAAGAGACUUGUCUUCGCUUAUACAAGACCUGCAACGCCUCAAGCAACUACUGGGCGAAUCGCCACUUACAUUCUUUAACCGUUUACAAGUUUUGAACGCAAAAAUGCAUUCGUGCAUCCAAAAAUAA